UCUUCUUAUAAUUAACCGUCUGUUUGUUUGUUUGUUUCUCUCUCUAAAAUUUUAUCAAAACCCUAAUUAAUCACAGAAAUUCGAAUUUUAAUCGAAGAAAUGCGGAUGAGUUGUAACGGAUGCCGAGUGUUGAGAAAAGGCUGCAGCGAGAGCUGCAGCAUAAGGCCUUGUUUGGAUUGGAUCAAAACCCCCGAAUCACAAGCCAACGCCACCGUCUUCCUCGCCAAGUUCUACGGCCGCGCCGGCCUCAUGAACCUCAUCAAUGCCGGCCCCGACCACCUCCGCCCUGCUAUAUUUAGGUCUAUGCUGUACGAGGCUUGCGGGCGGAUAGUGAACCCGAUAUUCGGGUCGGUCGGGUUGAUGUGGUCCGGAUCCUGGCACCUCUGCCAGAGCGCGGUCGAGGCGGUUCUAAACGGGGCUCCGAUUACCCAAAUAGCCACUGACGUUGCCGUCGAGAAAAACGGGCCGCCUCUCAAGGCUUACGACAUACGCCACGUCAGCAAGGAGGAUAAUAAUAACCUAUCCGGGUCGGACGAUCUCCACCGGGUCAGGACCCGGUCUCGUCGAUUCAAGCGAUCCGGGGCGAAAUCGAAGCGGAGUCGGGUUUGUGCCGGUUCGGUUGAAGAAGAGUGCGUUAAUAACGAGGUGGACCGGUCGCCGAGCCAUGAGUCGUCGCUGAGCCACCAGUCCGAGGCGGCAGACCUGGUGGUGGAGAGGCGGCGACGGCGGAGCGAGAGUCUUGGCUCGGCUGAGACCGCCGAGCCGGAAGCUGAUCGUACGGACGACGAUGAAGAGAUUGAGCUGGAUCUGACUCUGGGAUUCGAGCCGAUUAAACGCUGUCCGAAGCCGAAAGAGUUGAAGCCGAGCGAAGCUGGUUGUAAAUCGGCUGGGGUUUGUGGAAUGGAGCUAGGGCUUGAUUAUCCUCAUCCGCGAGAUUGAGAUUGAUGAUCAGUUUUUACGGCUGAGAUCAACCGUUUAAUUAAUUCUUUUUUUUUUUUUUCCUGUUUUUUCGCUUUUUUUUUCCGCUCUCUUAGACAGAAAUUAAAUUAGAGCAGAGCUAAUGUUAUUUUGUAUUUUUACAUAUAUGCCCUUCAUGAAAGAGUGUACAAAAAUGUGAUACAUAAUUGGUCUUACAAUUUUCCAUAAGCAAUCGGAUUUUCAAUUUUUUAUUACAUUUGAUAAGCAAUCGACCCAAGCCUUAGGGGUGUUUGCAAAUGCUUAUGUAAAAUCAGAAGUUUGUGAUUAUGAAUAGAAGUUUGUGAUUA